GGCAGCUACUAGGGUGAUGGGAUAUCACAGUUUCUCGUUUUGACAUUUUUCUUUGCUUUCUUCACAUUGUCCGCCGGUGACAAGUAGCAGAACUAAAUGAAUUCCUGACUCCACCAGACCAUCAAACUUCUUUUCUUGUACAUGCAUGCAUGUGCAAAUAAACUUUAUUUUAGGCAUGCGUAAUUUUCCAAAAUCAACUCUUGGAAUUAAACAGCGUGGGAAUUUCAUCAAAGUGUUUGAGAAUCGGUUUUAUUGAGUUUCACUCCUUUGACAUGUUGGUGGUUUUUCACUCGUAGUCAAACUUUCGUAGUAGGUUAUCUCAAGAAAGUUGUCAGAAGGGACCCCUAGCGACAGGACUGGUUAAAAGCAUUUGCGCUUCAGAAAGAGUCGCACAGAGGAAGGAGUGGAAUGAAAGGAAUACAUGAAUGACACCAGCACUAGGACCUGCAGGGAGGAGACUCUCAUUAAAAAUCACCACAGACUGUGGGAGGCACACAGACUGAAGUGGAUGGCCCAAGACCUGGAUGCAGAAGCGGGAUUUUGAUUUUGGGAUAAUUCUUCUGCAGCUCUGGGGAAAAACAAGAGAAGAGGAAUAUAGCUGACUUACUUUUCAACUUUUUUCCAACAGUGGAGAGAGGAGAAGGAGCAUUAUUACGUGAGCUAUGGUCCAGAGGGUCCAGGUGGCAGGCAUGAGGGCCCCAGUCUUCAUUGGAGUUUGGCUCUAGAGUCCAUAGGAGCUUCUUCAGUUGGACACAUUUCACAGGACGUGUGCCCAUGAGGUCAUCACUACUGGUUCUGCUCCUCCUGAUCGGCGUCCAGGCUGUACUGAACAUGGGAGGGAGUUUGGCCCAGAACCCUGGAGCAGCCAAUAACAGAGCAGGGCAGCAGGAGACAGCAACAGCCAGGGGACAGCUUUCUCAGGACCAAAUUUCAAAUCAGCAACACAGUACCACCCAUCCUAGAAUCAAGAGGACACAGAGUGCAGCCUCAAACAUGCACAACAGAAGCCCUGUCAUUGGGCGCUCUCCAGCAGGUUCCUCUCCAGACCCCUCCAGCCCAGUGGUGGACCCGAAGCUCUUCUCUAAGAGACAUUAUCGCCCUUCACCUCGUGUUGUCUUUAGCGAGGUAAUCCCUUCACAUGACGUUCUGGAUGGUGAGGGUUAUGACUUUGAAGGGAUGAGGGGGCUGAGGGUAAGGCGCAAAGCAGGAUCACACACCAUGCAUCGAGGAGAGUAUUCGGUGUGUGACAGUAUAAAUACCUGGGUGAACAAGACGCGAGCCACAGACAUGUCUGGAAAUGAAGUGACAGUACUCUCCCACGUUACAGUCAACAACAAGGUAAAGAAACAGCUUUUUUAUGAGACCACCUGUAGAUCCCCGACAAAAAGGAGUUCUGGAAUCGUACUCGGAGCACGAGGUAGAAGACAAGACAAGACAGGCAACUCUGGUUGUCGAGGCAUUGACAGCCGCUACUGGAACUCCCACUGCACCAACACAGACAUAUAUGUAAGCGCCCUGACCGUCUUCAAGGAACAGACAGCCUGGCGUUUCAUCCGCAUCAACGCUGCAUGUGUGUGUGUUCUCAGCCGGAAUUCUUGGUCAAGAAGACGGGACACUGACUGAGGUGGAUCGCUCUUGACCACUGGACUAUGAAAGCAAACACACAUUUCUACAAAACAGCCACUGCAGCUUCUAUGCCAAUGCUCCUAUCAUACACCCACUGAUAACAGCAAUCAAUAAACACACGCACACACACAGAUUUCUUCAAUCAGUCCCUUGUUCCCUGACCCUACCUCAGUCAAAGAAGUCCUAGUAGUUUUAAGUUAUGAGGACCGCAUGUUAUAUUUAUGAUUUAUACAGACAAAUAUAAAAGUAUAUACAGUAUGUGUAUAUAUACAAAAUUAUUUCAACUUUUUAAAUGUUAAUGUUAUUGUUGUUGUGUUGUCCAUGCUGUUAUUUAUUAAACACCUCAGUGC